UUUGUCCAUCCCAAAUACAAUAUUAGGGCACAAAUUUUUCCCCCUUUCAAUUUUCUCACUUUCUCUCUCAUCAAUUCCCAACCAUAAUUAUAACGACUUUAUCUCUCUUCAAAACCCACUUUUAUUUUUGUUUGUAAGAAUCAUAAACCACAAAGAAAAGUCAGAUUUUUGUUGGGUUUUGUGGUGGGUUUUUGCUUGUAUUUUGUGUUUUAUUUUAUAUUUUUAUUUUUAUUAUCUAGGUUUUACUAGGUGGUUUUUUGGGAUUUGAUAUUUUCUCUGUUUCUCAUCAUUUUGAAAUGAAUGGUGGGGAAGGAGAAGAAGGAAGAAAAGAGGUAAAAAUGGAUGUAGUAAUGGGUGAACAAGAAGGAGAAAAAAGGGUUUAUAUGUGGGGUUAUUUACCAGGAGCAUUGCCACAAAGAACACCCAUACAAUCGCCAUUAAUUGUGAAGCUUCCACCGUCAAUUGGAACUUUCUGGAAGGAUGUUUGUGGUGGUGGAUGUGGGUUUGCCAUGGCCAUUUCUGAUACUGGGAAGCUGAUAACUUGGGGUUCUACUGAUGAUUUAGGGCAGAGCUAUGUGACUUCUGGAAAACAUGGGGAAACACCAGAGGCUUUUCCACUUCCUACUGAUGCUCCCAUUGUAAGGGCAGCUGCUGGCUGGGCGCAUUGUGUCUCAGUUACAGAUAGAGGAGAAGUUUAUACUUGGGGAUGGAAGGAAUGUGUUCCAUCUGGGAAAGUUUUUGGGGAUUCUUCUCCUGGAGGAACCUUAGAGAAGGAUACCGUUGAUAAACAGAGUUCUGUAUUCAUGGAACAAGUUAGCCCUCGAGGGUCAAAGAAUGCAAGUGGUAGUGGGUCAGAAGCCGCCACAGACGGCAAAGUACAAGGAGAAGAAAGUGCAAAGAGAAGACGGGUUUCAUCAGCUAAACAAACUGCUGAAAGUUCUACACCUGUUGAUGAAAAUCUCUCCGCAUUGCCAUGUUUGGUGACACUUAGCCCUGGUGUAAGAAUAUCUACUGUCGCGGCUGGUGGCAGGCAUACUCUAGCAUUGUCAGCUUCAGAUAUAGGACAAGUGUGGGGUUGGGGCUAUGGAGGUGAAGGACAACUUGGGUUGGGUUCAAGAAUACGCAUGGUAUCAUCGCCUCACCCUGUGCCGUGUAUAGAGUCUUCUUAUAGAAAGGAUAGACAUUCAGGAUUUUCUCAAGCCAGUUUAAGCUCGGAUGGCCAAGGAUUUAGAGUUCCCGGGACAUAUAUCAAGGGUAUCGCCUGUGGGGGACGUCACAGUGCAGCAAUCACAGAUGCUGGAGCAAUAUUAGCUUUCGGUUGGGGCCUUUAUGGACAGUGCGGUCAAGGAGCCACAGACGAUGUCCUAAGCCCUACCUGUGUAUCUUCGUUGCUCGGUAUUCGAAUCGAGGCAGCCGCUGCAGGGUUAUGGCAUACACUCUGUAUAUCUGCUGAGGGUGAUGUAUAUGCCUUUGGUGGUAAUCAAUUUGGGCAGCUGGGAACCGGUUCUGAACAAGCCGAGACUCUCCCGAGAUUGCUGGAUGCACCAAGCAUAGAAAAUGUAAAUGCAGUAAUAGUAUCUUGCGGUGCUCGACAUAGUGCUGUAGUAACAGAUGACGGAAAAGUUUUCUGCUGGGGCUGGAACAAGUACGGUCAGCUCGGUUUGGGUGACGUGAUCGACCGUAACAUACCAUCCCAAGUAAAAAUUGACGAUUGUGUGGCGAAGAAUGUGGCGUGUGGAUGGUGGCAUACACUCUUACUUACGGAGUCUCCCCCAUGAGCCGAGAAUCUAAAGAAGUCGCGGCUAAAUUUUGUUAGGUUUAGCAUCUAAAGUGAUUGGUGUAUGAAAAUGAUUUAUAUGUAUGAUGAAUGUAUGUAAAUAGAGAAGCAUAGGCUUUGUAUACAAUGAUGCUUGUGGAUCAUUCUUUAAUGGGUAGGUUUUGAUGUUAGCUUUGGCUAUCCUUGCUUUACUGAUAAGGAUGUACAAAAUCCUGUAUAUUAGUUCAUCUUGGUUUGGGAAUUUAGCACCAAAGUCUCCUUUGUAAUAGUCCUCAUGCAAUAGUUUUAUUGAGUAUUGAUGUUAUGGUUUUUUAAAUAAA